GACAUGGGUACAACCCGCGUGACAGAACGCGCCUGGGCAUCAAAAGGCUGACAGAGUCUGCUGAUGAGUCCUGACAGUAAUUUUAAGGGUUACUGCAUCUGCUAUAGGACCGGAAGACGAAUAUCAGUUUCCGCAGUCCUCUUGGCACUGCACGUCGUUGCACGGCAGCCUUCUUGACCGUAUGACAACCACUAGCACCUCUCCUAUGCUAUCUGAGCGCAUCCUCCCGACUCGUAGAGCAGCAAGUCGGGCUUCCGCUGUGUUCGCAAACCAGCUCCAUUCGCCAGGUCACUCUGAUGAUGAGCCCGAGCCCUCAGACUCAUUUGGGGAGCCUCCGUCACGUAGGCAGCCUAAUGUGAAAUACCGCUAUAACGCCAAGGGCAAAUUCCGCGCUUCGCCACUAAAGCAGACAGAUAACUCGUCGCCAUCCCCUAAGCGCCAGCCCAAACCAAAGCCCAAGACUAAACCCAAGCCUGUAACACCUUCACACUCCCAGGUAUCCGUGCGUUCGAAGAAACGCAAGGCCUCGGCUUCUGGUUCGGAUAGGGAAGGCACAGUAAGCACUCUCACAACCCUGUCGCCUUCACCGUUCUCGAGCGUUCCCACAAGUCCGUUUAUUUCCACCACGGAUCUUCCCCCACUCUCUAUAAUCAGUCAUUCUACCCCACCGCCUCAGAAGCUUAGUAUGGUUGGGAGCGGUUCCAUGCGCUCUCUCAGAGUAUCCAGUUCUAGCUUCUCACAGCCCCGAAGCCAAACUUCCCCAAGGAAAAGGAAGGCGGACAAGGCAAAGACAACUGACCGGGGUAAUGGACGUAGCUUCGGCGACGUUGACACUCUAGUCUGGGUACUGGUGAAUGACUUAGGAAUUGUUGUUACCUCGGUCCCAGAUGAUGACGAUGAUAUUGAGAUUCUGGACGAACGCAUGUGGUGGCCCGCCAGGAUUGUCCAAAAACAACCGCUCCGUGUGACCCUCUUUGGCGACCUUUCAUUAUCUCGAGAGCCUUCGACAAUUCUGUCUCCAUCCGAACAUAACAUCCAGCCCAUUCAUAACCUAUCUGGCGAAAAGCGUUUCUCCAGAGCAACUUUCCACGUCUCAUCUCUCACCACAUCUGGAUCCUCAGACCCUUCCCCUCGCAAGAAAACCAAGAAGGACACAAGCGAGAGAUGGGAGGCAGCAGUGAAAGCUAUGGAGGAUGCAGAUGGACUCAAGCGUGAUGGCAUGCCCGAGAUGAUUUCUGCGUACACUGGCGGGACGUUUUCCUCAGAAGAAGACGAUGUAGAGGACCUACGUUCAACCAAGAAGGCUAAGAUUUCACCUCGUGCUGAGCCUGAGGCUCCUACAGACCGCGCUUGGUCUCCUCCGCCUCCGGAUCCCAUGCUCCAAAUCCCAGGCGAGCUUGUUCUGGCACAGGCACUACGAACGAGAAGUAACAAAUACUGGCCCGCUCAGCUUAUAGCAUACGUUCCACCAACCAAGCCAGGUGGGAAGGAACGCUAUCGGGCCAAGUUUCUGGACGAACGGGAGUACAACCUCACCCGGGAUAGAUUUUGGACCUCUGAGGAAGAAGGCUUUGUUAUGUGCGACUUGGGCGAGUUCGAAAGUGCCGUCCAGGAUACCGAGGCUCCGGACUCGGAAGAUGAACCGGAAGAUAAGAGGCGGAGCCCUAGUCCAGAGUUGACCGACCCACCUCCCAGCGCAGAUGCUUUCGCUGAUUUGUCGAUGCAUGCGCAACUAGCAUACGUGAAGCCCGUGCUGAAUGCCAUCCUACAAGGGAAGUACACCCCGGCAAGCAAGAGCCAUGAGGCUUUCAUGCGGGGAGGUGCUGCUAGAUCCAGUUUAAUGAAGCGGGCGGCGGUGAGAGGAGGGUUGGAUCCGAACGAGGUAAAGCAAUCGCAAAAACUGAUUACGCGAUGGGCACUUGGAGAAGGGUAUGCUCGUAGAACCAAUGUGAAAGUCAAACCUGAAGCAAAGGUGGCGCCACCCCUGGAGCAAGAUAGCACAAUCUGCCUAACUACUUUGACAACCAAUGGCGAUGGGUUGGCAGACGCUGCCGUCGGAAGCGAGAUAGUUGCGACUUCCGACAGCGCGGCCCACGACAUUUCUCAGCCCAUACCUCCCAGUGACAUCGGCAAUCAGGACACCGAGGCAAUGACAGUUGACAAGCCCGAUUCUGGAGCAACGGAUGAGACAUCUGUAGCAUCCGACGUCGCAGGCCACCAUGACAUUUCUCAGCCAAUACCUCCCAGUGACAAUAGGCAAUCAGUGGGAAUCACGACUGCACUGUCUCAGCCCAUACCUCCCAGCGACACUGGCAAUAAGAUUGAUGGCGACGCCGUAACAGUUGACCAGCCUAGCCAGGCUGGCGAUUCCUCAGAGCCGAAGACGGUUGAUCUACCUUCUGUAUCGUUGCCUGAUCAACCUUCUGCACCAAAGGAGGUCAUUGCAGAGCAGCCGGAUUCUAGCGGUCACUGUGAUUUGCCGCACGCUGGGGAGGUUGAAAGCCCUGUGCCUGCACAGGACCAACAACGGCCAGUUGGCUCACAGGAAUAUGAAUCAUUAUCGACCCUUGAUAAACUUGAUUACUGCGUGAACAUUCUUCUUCCCGAGGCAAUCCAGCAGCUACUCCUGUGGCGGUCUGGUGAGCGCACUACAGCUGCUCUUCUCUCUCACUCAGAGGAAGAAAGGCUGCAUGAGCGCGGUUCAGCGAAGGCGCAGGAGACAGACUGGGUAUUUGACUUGCUCCGCCUGAGGGAGGCACAGGCGCGGUUGUGGAGCGUGGAUCUGAAGGUCAAAGGCAAAGCGAAAGAUGAAACAGGCGUGGCAAGGGGUGGGACGCGUUCGCGGCCUCGCAAGACUACUGCACCGCGAUGAGAAACUUCAAGGAAUAUCUUGGUUAAGCUCGUUUGGAACGUAUGGAUGUAGUUUUGACAUAGUAUUCUGUGUUGAUACGGGAGCUGUUGUUAGUGACUUGAUUCAAGGAUAUCGUGACUCUUUUGCUUUCCUCAGGUCGGCGUGCGCAUAUGUAUCAGUCCAGUAUAUGCACUGGAAA